AAACAAGCCGUAACCAUUGAUUAUUUUAGUUCCCCAGUACGAAAAAAAUAAGAUGCUAAAAAAAUUCAGCUGGAACUUUUAUUCUUCAGGACAGAUAAAUCAAAAUUUUGAAAAGAAGAUAUUAAAGAGGAGAUCCACGCUCUAAAGAGAAACCAGAAGAGAAAAGCAACCAUGAAACAACCGAGUCGUUACUCCCAGCAUCAUCAUCUUCUUCUAAUCGUCUCAAUAAUUAUCUUCUCUUUUGUGAUUUCUACAAGAUCGGAAGUUAUUACCCUAACUCCUGAUACUUUCUCUGAUAAGGUGAAGGAAAAGGACACUGCAUGGUUUGUGAAAUUCUGCGUUCCAUGGUGUAAACACUGUAAAAACUUGGGGUCACUUUGGGAGGACUUUGCGAAAGUCAUGGAAGGAGCAGAUGAGAUAGAGAUAGGAGAAGUGGAUUGUAGUACUAGUAAGCCUGUGUGCACCAAGGUCGACAUACAUUCAUAUCCUACAUUUAAAAUCUUCUAUGAUGGGGAAGAAGUUGCAAAAUAUAACGGAACAAGAGACGUCGACUCGCUCAAAGCAUUUGUUUUGGAUGAGGCAGAGAAAGCAGCAGCCAACGCGCUGCUUGACAGUGAUAAAGAAUUGUAAUGGGUAGGAGACUAGGAGGUUUAUCUGUAAGUUAGUUAUGUUGGCUACAAAUAUGAAGAAGGCAAAAAUUUUGUGCAGUGGAUUUUUUUUUUUGGGAGAAUUUAGCUGUGUUAGCUCAUUACUUGGUCAAUCAUUCCAUUUGCUUCCCCAUAAUUCUCUGCAACAGUUUUCAACUGGAUCGCCCUUAAAGUUGUGUUUUUUUUCUUCCCUUGAUCGUUUUUA